AUGUCGCUUGGUGUUGGAUAUCUGUCCAAGAGGAGUCUUUCCAGCAACUUCAGAAAAUGGCCACAGAUGCUCCAGUCUUGUCGUUCUCUUCCCAAGACGCUCCUACAAUUGUAUCAGCAGACGCAUCGUCGAGGGGGUAUUGGAGGGGUACUUCUCCAGGUUCAGGAAGAUGGCCGUAGAGCGCCCUUUUACUACGUUUCUCGAUCACUAACCACCACCGAACAACGGUACUCACAACUCGAGAAGGAGGCGCUGGCUAUGGCAUGGUCUUGUGAGAGAUUUCGAUGUUACCUCUUUGAUCGUGACACGCUUUUUCAAGUUAUGAAUAUUAUGAAUAGUCAGAGCUUGGAUCAGUGCCCGCCCCGUUUGCAACGUCUGCGCCUCCGAAUGAUGCAGUAUUACUACAAUGUAGUAUAUGUGCCGGGGAAACAACUUGUCGUCGCAGAUGCCUUGUCCCGUAGCCCAGUGGAAGUCGGGGUUCCGGACGAUAAUGUUGAGGAGUACGUGUUUAGAGUCAAAAUAUCAUGGCCUGUUUCAGACGAAAUGCUGCAGCGUAUUAAGGAGGACACAAGGCACGAUUCUCAGCUCUCAGCUCUUUUGCUCAUGGUGCAAUCAGAAUGGCCUUCAUACAAAGGACAGCUACCAGAGCUCACAAAACCAUUUUGGGACAGUCGACACCUCCUAUCUCAAGUUGAUGAAGUAAUCUUACGAGGUUCUCAAAUAGUGAUUCAAAAAGCCUUGCGCGGCCACGUUAUCAACCUCGCGCAUGAAGGUCACUUGGGCAUCGUCAAAACCAAAACGCGAGCUCAUGAAGUUGUCUGGUGGCCGUGGAUAAACAGUCAACUAGAACAAGCAGUUUCAAAAUGUGAAGCAUGCGCCCAGUACCAAAACCAGCAGUGCAAGGAACCUCUCCAAUCGUCAACAGUACCCGGUCGUCCAUGGGAGCGAAUCGCAAUGGACUUGUUUUUAAUUGAGAAUUGCAAUUACUUAGUCGUGGUCGACUACUACACGCGAUUUCCGGAACUGCAACGUCUAUCCGGUUUAAAAGCUGCAACCGUUAUUGAAAGUCUAAACGGGAUAUUCUCCAGAAAUGGAAUACCGCAGGAGGUUGUCAGCGAUAACAGACCGCAGUUUGCCGAUGAACAAUUCCGCCAGUUCUCCCGUCGUUACGAAUUUAAGCACACUACAUCGUCUCCACGGUACCCCCAAGGAAAUGGGCUAGCGGAAAGCACGGUACAAACGGUUAAAGAUAUUCUAAAGAAAGCUGUGCUUACUCGGGAAGAUCCACAUCUGGCCUUACUGGCGUAUCGAACGACCUCUCAUAGCAGCACAGGGAUCUCGCCAGCUCAAUUGCUGAUGGGACGCCGAUUGCGCAACACGCUACCAUCUGCUCCAGGCCAUCUCCAGCCUGAGACUAUAUCCAGGGAUGCUGUUGUGUCUCGAGAUAUUCAAAACAAAACAGAUCAAGCAUCAACUUACAACCGACAUCGAGGCGUUCGUACACUCCCACAGCUACUUCCAGGAGAUUAUGUUCUUGUAUGGAAUGCAGACCAGAAACAAUGGCAAACUCCAGGAUAA